AUGUCGAGCGAUCCCAACGAUCAACAGCAGGCGGCUGUGGCCGCUUCUGCUUCUUCUGCCACCCCUGCGUCGUCCGUAGGAGGCUCUGCUGAGCCGCCCAAGAUGAUCCCCAAGGGUGUGGUACUGGGUCCAGAUGGCAAGCCAUGCCGAAACUGCACAUCUUUUGCCGCAUGGGCUUCUCAGACAAAAAGCACUAUCAAACAGGACACCGCAGCAAAGGCUCAACCUACGGCAACGCAUGGACCUCCCUCCGAGUGCCCUCCAGAUGUCGAGGUGCUAGGCCGUAGCACGUGGACGCUGCUUCACUCUAUCGCAGCUCAGUACCCAGAGCAGCCUUCCACCGGCCAAAAGUCGGACCUCCUCAGCUUUGUUGGCCUGUUCUCAAAGCUAUACCCGUGCUGGGUCUGCGCAGAGGACUUCCAGGGCUAUCUCAAGCGCGAAGUGCCACAGGUCAACAGCCGAGAUGACUUCGGCAAGUGGCUGUGCGGUGCACACAACGACGUCAACCGCAAGCUUGGCAAACCUGAGUUCGACUGCUCCAGAUGGCAGGAGAGGUGGUGGACGGGCUGGAAGGAUGGGCGAUGCGAUUAA